GUUGAUAACGGGAGAAAGAGCGUGCGCGCGCGUGGCCCGGCCUGUUGAUUGCGGCGUCGGCGGCGCACGAUAACUAUUAUUCAUUUUUUCGACAACCAUUGGGCCAUCGGAGUGUCGGUCCAACUACGUAACGUCGUUCGGCGUUUCGCGUGUUCCGUUUCCGUUAUCCGCAAACCGCGUGCUGUCCGCGCUACUCCCGUACCUCUCUCCGCUACAACGGCGCGCACAGCUUCCGUCCGCCACCGUCUUUGGCCUUCGUUCGGUAUUGAUUUUUUGUCCGAUUAUAUACUCAGCCGCGUCGGCGGCGUAUCGCGAUUGAUUUCGGCGCGGCCGUACACAACCCACAGGCGCGCGCGGUGCACACGUCGACGGCAGCGGCACGUCGGACGCUAAACGCCACCACCGUCAUUCGCCGCUCGUCACGCGUUCACGCACGUCGUCUCUCGUCGUGCCGCCCGCCGUUACCGUCGUCACCGCCGCCGUUCAGCUUCGACGGUCACGUUUCACAGCCUCAUGGAGGACAUCUUCUUGCGUUCGUCGUCGUCGUCGUCUAGCGACGAUGAAUCCGGGCCCGUCAUCAUCGCGCCGCCGCUUGAAGACGUCAUACCCUUAGACGACAACGUGAUCGAAAUGUUGAUGAUGGAGGAUAGUCUUAUCCGUGGUCAAAGCAACAACAACUUCAACAGCAGCCAUGGUUGUAUUCGCCGCCGCAAUCGCCGCCGUAUGACCCCCGUCGGUGCCAGUAUCAUCGACGUAGCCGCCAUGGACCGCGCCGCUGAGGAAAACGCUGCUGCUGCCGCCGUCGCCGCCGAUGUUGCUGCCGCCGCCGCCACCAUCAAUAUCGCCGCCACUGCCGAUACCGCUGCCACCGUCAAUGACGCCGACCACUCCGAUAUGGCGUCCGCCAACAGUGAAUUGGAGAAAGUGCGCACUCUCAAGGGAAUGUUCAAUUUCGCCAACAACUUAACCGCCGGUUCAUCCAUAGAACAAGAAGCCAAAUCGACUAGUUUUACUGAGGAAAGUAAGAAAUAUCUUUCAAAUGUUUUUUCAACCAUGACAGUUAAUGUACAUGAAGAAAUGAACAAUUCUAUUAACAUUUUGUUUGACAAUAAGAAACAAGUGGAUGAACACGAAUUCGCAUUUGAUGUUAUUGCAGAAUAUGUUUACGAUCUUGAUUAUGCUAACGAUUUUGAAAAGCUUGGCGGUUUUCAUAUUUUUUUACCGUGCAUCCGUUCUGAGCAUCCAUCUGUGCGCAUUAAAAUAUGCGAAUUGAUUUCUUCGCUGGUUCAGCAAAAUCCAUACUGCCAAGAAAAGUUCAUGGAAAAUCCAAAAUACCUUAACGCAUUGAUGUCUAUGGUGGAAAAUGAUCCUAACGAUGAUGUGCGUAUUAGGGCACUAUCUGCGAUUUCAUGUCUUGUUCGUGAUAACAUAUCUGGGUUUUGGAAAUUCAUUGAGGUUGGAGGUAAAGAUUUGAUUAUCAACUCAUUGAAAACGCCCAUUGAUAAAUUGAAGAUUAAAGCAAUUUUCAUGAUCUAUUCAACUUGUACUUUGGGUAAUGAUGUAGCAGAAAUGUAUGUUGAUAUUGGUGUUGUUGAAAUUAUCUGUUCAAUAAUCAUGGGCAUGGAAAAAAAUGUUGAACCAUUUCAUCAUGAUUUAAUUUUAUCAGCAUUGAAUGGACUUAUCCGUUUGUCACCAGUCAGAGUUAAAGAAAUAUGCUCUUCGUUGGAGGAUUUGAAACAAGCAUUGGCAUCAUUAAAAGAUUCAUAUUCAACAGAUGAAUCGAAAUAUCAGGAUGAAAAUGAUCAAGUUUUGUGGUUGAUGGAAACUCUAACAUUGUGAAAGGACAAAGCGGCACAUUUCAUUUUACUUAUUUUAUUAUGAUAUAACUUUUUCAUACUUGUAAUUGCUUUUAAAAAAAAUUAAACCUAUGAUUCAUUACGCUAUUAAU